AUGUGUUAUCCUAUGGUUAUAGCACGUUUUCUAAUGACAAAUGCAAUUAAUCAAUUACUUGAACAUCAAAAUCAAAAUACUAGUACAUAUUUAAUAAUUGGUUAUCUUAGUUUAAUAAAAAAUCUUAUUCAAUUACUUGGUUAUUCAGAUUUAUUUGAUUUAGAUGAAUUCUUAAUUUCAACCCAAAUUGGAUCUAUAGAAGAAAUUCGUGUUAGUGAAGCCUUAAAAACAGAUAUUACAUAUCUUUUAUCUUUAUGUGAAUACGGUGAUCUACAUUUACGUGGUGCAUGUGCAAAUUUACUUAUUACAUUAAUUCAAAUAACAAAUCAUCUUUUAACACUAUCAUCAUUAUCAAAUUCAUUUAAUAAUUCUUUUAUUAAUCAAUGUUCACUUGUAUCAACUGAUUCACAAGACAGUUCAAGAUUAUAUGUCUUAAUGAUAAUAAUGCACGUUCAUGCAUUUACAAUCAUAGGAAUUAAAUUAUUAGAAGAUUCUAUUCAACAUACUACAAGUUCCUGUAUUCUUGCUCAAGUUAGUCUAGCUCAAUUAAUAGAUGACAUUGAUUUUCGAAUAUUAACUUAUCUUGAACAACAACAAAAACAAUUAAAACAAUAUAUCCUGAUAUACGGUGAUUUUCAAGCUGCUGUACUCGAUUUACUUGUUCAAUUACUUUUAAUUCGUCAUUUUAUUUAUUGUAUUGCUGAAUUUCUUGUUAUGUUAUCACAUGAAACAUUUCAUUCGAAACAAGUUAUUAAAGUACAAGAUUUAAUAAAACAUUAUGAUUCAUUAUUAACAAGUGGACAUGAACCUGAAACACAUGUUAUUGUUAAUAGUGUUCAAAUUGAAGAUGAUAAAUGA